CAGCAUGAGACGAAGUCGAAUGAUCCCCUCGAAGGACAGCCUAGCAAACCUGCUACUGAUAAGAACGCAUCCAAUAUCGCUCCUGAUAAAUUUAUAAUAGCGGGCCGUCCUACAACUAUAGCCCAGUACCCUUGGCUGGUCCACCUCACCAUGAAGAUCCAUGAGCCGAUGGGGACCAACAUGGCGGCUUGUGGAGGCUCCCUCGUCAGCCCCCGGCAUGUGCUCACUGCUGCCCACUGCUUGGAUUUCGACAUCAAGAACUACGAAGAUGUAAGCAUCUACCUAGCCGAGUACAACACCCGGACCUUCCCGAAUGACUGCACCGGGAGCCAGUGCGUCCAGAACGUGUUGAUGCAUCCAGACAAGGUGACCGUCCACCAGCAGUUCGAUCGACGCGCCGUCCACAACGACAUCGCGAUGUUACGGCUGGCUGGACCCGCACCUAACUCUGAAUACAUCCGUCCAAUCCCCCUUCCCACUUUUAACAUCAACAACGCCAAAUACGAAGGAGCUCCUCUCACAAUCGCCGGCUGGGGCCAAACAGAACACGGCCAACCAUCACCUAUCAAACUACACGCACAGGUCCAACUGAUCUCCCCAAACACUUGUAGGAAAUACUUCCCCGUGACUGGUGGCAUGUUGUGCGCAGCAGGGAGACACGGCCAGGACUCAUGUUUCGGAGACUCCGGAGGCCCAAUCAUGGUUGAGCAGCAAGGGAACUUCCAGCUUGUUGGGAUUGUCAGCUUUGGGGAUAGCAAGUGCGGGGGUUCCAAGCCUUCUGUGUACACUAACGUGUUCUCUUAUUUGGAUUGGAUCCAGAAUACUAUGAGGGAUUAGGUUCGAUCAAAUAAUGGAUUCUAUUUGUUGACCAGUUGAACAUAU